AUGAUGUCGACCAAGAUUCGCGCCGCCAACAUGGCUGGAGCAGGAGCAUCCACGGUUCCAGAUCAUCCGGCCGCAGCCAAAUCUGUGCCUCGAACUAUGCCCAUGUUCUCCAAUGUCAACUUGCCUUCCAACAGCGGUCAGUAUGCUGGAAACCACCACAUGGCGAUGCCGAGCCAUUUGGUUCAGCCAGCCGUUCUUCCUGGCAUGAUCAAAUGGCAGCAGACUCAUGGUGUCUCUGGGCCCAUGGUGUCAUACAUGGCACCUCCCAAUCCCCUCCAGAUGCCAAAUUUCAAAGGACUCCCUGUCCAGAAUGGCAAGAAGCCAGUCAAGAAGGUUGAAGGAAAAGGCUCUCAUCCUUCCUCCUCACCCAUCACGCCACCAACUCCCACACCCAUUGGAAAGAAGGCUCGUCAAGCCAUCCAAAUGAAGCCUGCCGGAGUGAACAAGACUGACCGAUACGAUAAACGCAAGCCAGCAAGUUCGAAGAACUUUCCUACUACCCCAAAGGCCAUAGCUGCCUUAGCCGCAGCUGCCACACCGCCGCAAACCCCCAACAGUCCAACUGUUUGGAAGCGCCCAACAAAGGGUCCCAGCACGCCUUCGGCUGCGAUGCUCCUGGCAGUCGCGGGCUGCGAGGAUUGGCAGCUUGACAUGGCUCGCGAUCUAGGUCUUCAAGACAUCGCCGGCCCAUUCGAAAUCGGCGACGCUAUCUACGUAAUCCUUUCCAAGAGUCGCGAGGCAACCAGAAUCGCCAACCGACGAUGCGACCGAAACGGCCGGUUCGCCUGGUUCCGUCACUCUGACAACGUCCGGCUCGAGGAGAAGCCCCAGCAGCAGAGUGGUCAGCCCGUAAGCAACGCUGACGGCUCUUUUCGCGGAUUCAAAGCUUCGGAGACCACACUCGUCACCCCGCGCGCCUAG